AAAGUGCUUUGCGGACUAUCGGGAGGUAACGGCCGAGUACAAAAAAAACCGCGUUUUAAUUCACCAACUAGUGUCUUUAGUGUGGGGGGGGAAAAAACUUACUCGCAAAAGCGACAAAAUGACGUCGCCGGUGGUGCGCGCGCCGACCCCGCGCUCCUGCGGUAUCACCUGUAUGGGCAGGAAGCAGUAGGAGGAACACGCCCGAAACGCACACUGACUCACACGCGGUCACGCAGCGAAACUGCCAGUUACUUCAGCACCAAGUCGACGUUGUGCGGAAUCUUCCCGAAAAUCAGGAAGAGGAGUCGAGGGCCGUAGAGCAGCAGAAGGAGGAGGACGAGGUGAGAGGUGUCCGCGCGCGCUCUCGUCUCGUUGCCCACCUGACCUCCAUCAUCAUCAUCAUCCCAGAGCCAUGGAUCCGCUCGCCUCCAGAACGUAUUACAGCCCACGGGCGCAGGACUGGGAUUCUUCUGUCCAGUUUCUGCCUGCAACUGACUCCAGGAUGCUGGAGAAAAAGGGACCAGGAAGGGCAUGUACUGCAAUUAUUCUGGUCAUCUUUCUUGCCAUCCUUGCACUUGUGACUGGCCUGUUGGCCUGGCAUUUCUACUUCCGCAAGGAAACUGUGGUCAAUAAAAUGUACACUGGCUCCAUGCGGAUCACAAACCAGGCUUUCCUGGAGAGCUAUGAGCAUCCUAACAGUACUGAGUUCAGAGCGCUGGCUGCGCAGGUGGUGUCACAGCUGAAGAAGAUCUACUCUAAAAACUCACUGCUGUCCAAACAUUAUGUAGGUUCCACGGUGCAAGCAUUCAGCGAGGGCAGCGUGAUUGCCUACUACUACUCCGAGUUCACAGUACCGGUGGAGCUGCAGUCCGCCAUAGAUAAUGCAAUGACUUCCGUGGACAGACUGCAGGGCCGCAGAAUCAACAUGACUGACCCCCUUCAGAUUGUCAACAUGACUUCAUCAGCUGUGGAUUCUCGCAUGGUCUGGAAAACGUUCAAAUCCAGUAAUGACUACUACAUUCACACCUCAAAUGGUGUGAACAAGAGUCUGAUGUCACCUGGCUUCCCUGACCUCCCAUAUCCAUCCAACACCUUCACCCAGUGGCAUUUGCGGUCUGACCCAAAUUAUGUGAUCAAGCUCACCUUUGACUCUUUCAGCGUGGAAAGUAACUGCAAUAAUGACUUUGUUAAGGUGUACGACUCGCUGGCUGCAAUAGAGAGCUUCCUCCUUGCAGAAAAGUGUGGACACUAUGCCCCAACUGAACCCCUGAGCUUUAUUUCCUCACGGAAUGUUAUGCUGCUUACCCUGGUGACUAACGAGAGAAACAACUUCCCUGGCUUCAUGGCUUAUGUCACGCAAGUCCCUGCCAACAGCCGAGCAUGCGGAAGCCACCUUACAGGACUCAAAGGCACCUUCAAAAGUCCUGAAUUCCCCUCUUACUACCCUCCUUCUGUCGACUGUGUGUGGACCAUUGAGGUACCUGCAGGCAAAUUCAUCAAGGUGAAAUUUCUGAAAUUUCUUCUGCCCAACACAUAUCAGGCUUCUACCGUUUGCCUAACAGACUAUGUAGAAAUUGAGGGGCAAAGGUUCUGCGGAGAAAAGAAAUAUGGUUUCGUGGUCACCAGUAAACGCAACCAGUUGAAGGUGUUGUUCCAUUCUGACAUGUCCAUUGUGGACCGUGGCUUCUUUGCUGAAUUUGAGGCCUUCGAACCCACUGAACCUUGCCCAGGAGCAUUCCACUGUCAGAGCAACCGCUGCAUUAACGUAAAAUUGCACUGUGAUGGCUGGGAUGACUGCGGAGACAGCAGCGAUGAGAUUAACUGUGAGUGUAAUGCUACUCAGAUCAGUUGCAGGAAUGGCCUGUGCAAGCCCAGUUUCUGGAAGUGUGAUGGCGUGGAUGACUGUGAAGACAACACAGAUGAGGAGAACUGCAAAGUGGAAUGCAAAGCUGGGGAGUUCCCCUGCCAGGAAGGAAAAUGCAUUUCGGAAAAGAAGAAGUGUGAUGGAAAGCACGACUGCGGUGAUGGCUCUGAUGAACUCAACUGCCAAACCUCAGCCGUAGUGCUGUGCACAGACUACACUUACAAAUGUGAAAACGGAAAGUGCAUCAGCAAGCUGAACCCUGAGUGCGACCUUGUCGUGGACUGUGAAGAUGGCUCGGAUGAGGCAAACUGUGCCUGUGGAAAGCAGCCCUUCAAGACCUCUCGUAUUGUGGGGGGGCAGAAUGCCCUAGAGGGAGAGUGGCCCUGGCAGGUCAGUCUGCACAUCAAGGGUGCGGGACAUGUGUGCGGUGCCUCUGUCAUCAGCAACCGCUGGCUAGUCACAGCUGCACACUGUGUUCAGGAUGACUCCAAGAUCAAGUACUCGCAGCCAGGUGUGUGGGAAGUCUACCUUGGGCUUCAUGACCAGACCAGAAAAACGGAUUCCAAGUGGACAGAGAAGAGAAACCUGAAGAAUAUCAUUUGUCAUCCGUACUACAACUCCUUUACCUUCGACAACGAUAUCGCCCUCAUGGAGCUGGAAAGCCCCGUGACACUGAACCAGUACAUCACUCCUGUUUGCUUACCCAGCGUUACCCAUGACUUCCCUGCCGGCAAGGCCGUGUGGGUCACAGGCUGGGGUGCCACAAAGGAGGACGGCUAUGGUGCAGCGGUGCUUCAGAAGGCAGAGGUGCGCAUCAUCAAUAGCACAGUGUGCAACCAGCUGAUGUCCAACCACAUCACCUCACAAAUGCUGUGUGCGGGCGUGCUAACUGGCGGGGUGGAUGCAUGCCAGGGAGACUCCGGUGGUCCACUGUCCAGCCUGGAGCUUGGAGGUCGCUACUUCCUUGCUGGCGUGGUGAGCUGGGGUGAUGGCUGUGCCCGCAGAAACAAGCCUGGUAUCUACACACGAGUCACCAGAUUCCGGGGCUGGAUCAAACAGAAUACAGGCGUAUAAUCCUGCAGAGCAGACCUGAGAAUCGCUGCAAGGCAGAGCCUACCUUUAGGGACUUGGGCAGUAUCCAAACAGGAUAGUGGGAGUGAGGGGCAUCGCAUCUCCUGCUCCAUGCAGGUGCUUCCAUGUCAGGUUCCUGUCAUGCACCCGUCAGCUUUGUAGAUGACCAGACAUUUACACUUUUAUGUACUUAGCAGAACUUGCCCCCGGACUUGUCUGUGUUGUAAAAGCCAUUGCUGUGACCACAAACAGUGAAGGUCACCUGGCACCUGAUGCCAGGAUAUAGUCAUGGACAAGUUAACCAGGACAAUGUAUAAAAAGACAUUUUGUCCCUUAGGAAUUUUUUUUUUUAUUUUUGUGUUUUAUUUGUAGGUUACGUGUAUUCAUAAAAUUAACAUGUGUAAAUGUGUCUUGAAUUUGCAAACGGAACUACAACUACAGUGCAGUCAUUAUUUUCCCUUUUCUUCAGCUUUGCAUUAAGAUGCGCUCUGAAAGGUGUUUGUGCACUGGUGAGGGAUCUCUGUGGCUGCCCCCUACCUCUUUGUAUUAGAUAUAUGCCCAGUUGUAGUGGAGAUUUUAGCAUUUUUAAACUUUUGUAUAGUGUUUUUAUCCAGUCAAAUGUAAUUGCUUUGUAUGUAUUAUAUUUUUUUAGUCUUUUAAAAAUUAUUAUUAAACAAAGAAUCACUGAUGGACUUGUCCAAAAAAGAGUAUUGAUAUUAAGUGUCAUUUCUACUUUACUGACUGAAAAGUCUCUGUUACUGCUCUUUACUAUGUGUCUGUUUUAUCCGUCAUCACUUUUGUAGUGUCGUGCCUAUGAUCUGGAAAGUUUUGGAUGGAAAUCUACAGAACCUAAACCACUUUCUUAGGAUAAUUCAGAACAUGAGUCUUUACCUUUUUCAUUUGUAAACAAUGCAGUUUUUUCUUUCA